CGCACGGACGUACUGCGUGUAGUACGUCAUGACGCACGGCAGCUCGAGUUUUCUCAACCUGCCCUUUUCUGUGAAAGCCGUCACACAUUCUUUGGUUUGCCGACGCCUCGGACACACCUCAGCGAACAGCUAUGUCUGACUUCUCGGAAGAUCAAAUUCUUGAGUUUAAGGAGGCAUUCCUGCUGUUUGACAGGACAGGAGAUGGGAAGAUCAGCUACAGCCAGUGUGGGGACGUCAUGCGUGCCCUGGGACAGAAUCCUGUCAAUGCUGAGGUGCUCAAAGUCCUGGGCAACCCCAAGGCUGAGGAGAUGAACACCAAGAUGCUAGACUUUGAACAGUUCCUGCCCAUGUUCCAGGCCAUUGCUAAGAAUAAAGAUCAGGGCUCCAUGGAGGAUUUUGUGGAGGGACUGCGCGUCUUUGACAAGGAGGGCAACGGCACAGUAAUGGGAGCAGAGCUUCGUCACGUCCUCACCACGUUAGGUGAAAAAAUGACAGAGGAAGAAGUGGAGACACUCUUGGCAGGGCACGAAGAUGCAAAUGGCUGCAUCAAUUAUGAAGCAUUUGUCCGCCACAUCAUGUCAGGCUGAGGGCCGAACUGGUCAGGAUGGUCAUGAAUGGGUGAAGACGAAGAGCAUCCCACUUUUUUACCCUGUCACAUGUACCCUCUUUUUUUGCAGUUAGCUUCGACAGCCCCCCCACUCCCCCACCAGCCUUUUUCAUUGAUUAGUUUUCCACAUUUAAUUUAAGAAGUGCCUUUACAUUCCCUACAAAAGAACAACCCAGUCUAUUCUUGCCAGGUUCAUUCACGUAUGUGACCAACUUAGAUGCAUUCAGGAGUCUUUGUGCUUGCAUUAUUUGCAAUAACAUUCCAAGAUGCAGCACGUACAAUUAUAUAAAUUCAUAAUGAUAUACUGUAACUAUUGAUGUUAGGGUGUCAGUGUUGGAUGGGACUUUAAUAUAUACACAUAAUGGUCAGCGACCUACUAUGUUAUUGGCUAAGAGUUGCUUUUUUGCAGAAAACCCGUACAUUCGAAGUCAUACUGGUAGAAGACAUUUCACAUGGAUUCCCAUGUUUUUAAUUCAUCCCAGUUUUGUUCCUGCAUUUAAAUAAAUAUUUUUCCUGAAAACUUAA